AUGAAAACAUAUUUGAAACAUUCGUCCGAAAAAUCGUUGGCGAAGGUAUUUUAUUCUACUUCGGAUGUACCCAAUAACUUUCCAUCACGUAUUGAUUUUCGUCAGCGCAUUGUACAGCCGUCGAUCAAAGAGCAGCAACGCUUGUUGUCAUCGUCCAGUUUAUCUCGACUGCAGCAUGUGCACUCUGGUAAAUAUGGUAUAAGGCCAAUAUGGCCUUCUGAUCAAUCAGUAUGCGAACAAGAGCAACAAACUAAAAAGUCGAGUAAGAAUCGUUGGUCUUCUUUUGCAUCAAUAUCAUCGAGAAGCGACCGAAAUCAAUGUGUACGCUCAAAGUCAGAUUUACAGAAGAAAUUUAUUCUUCCAUCAACAUCAACUUUGUCAUAUUUCACUCAAGAAGAUGGAUCAAAAUUAGUUUUAGCAUCUGUUUCUUUGCUCCUUCUUCUUAUUCUCAUCAUCAUAUAUAUUUUCUAUCGACGCCGAUGUACUAAAAUCAAUGAAAAUAAGCUUAAUGAACAACGACGCCGACAAAGUCUUGAAAAUAAUCUUCUUAAUCAAGAAUCAUUGGAACAUUGUUUACCAAGUGUUCGAAAAUUACCAAAUAUUACUGAAGAAAGUUCUUCAACGUUACAUUCAUCCGACUUUUCUAGUAAAACUACUUCGAUAUCAAAUUCAAUAAAUGUCACAUCAUUGCCAACUGUCACAGACGACAUUGAGAGUCGGAAUUCAUCAUCAUCAUCGUUACAUCAACCAAAAUUAUCAACAAAUCAUAUCGAUACGAUAGAGAAAUCGCUUCAAAAGGUAUCUACAGAAGAGCAAUCUACACCAUCGAAAACAACGUUGAAAGAACAAUCCACACCAUCUAAGGAACAGUCUACAACAUCAAAUCAAACAUCUAACGAAAAACAGUCUAUAACGUCAAAUCUACCUCCUAAGGUAGAACAACCUACAACAUCGAAACCACCUUCGAAGGAACAAUCUGUAACGUCAAAUCUACCACCUAAGGUAGAACAACCUACAACAUCGAAACCACCUCCGAAGGAACAAUCUGCAACGUCAAAUCUACCACCUAAGGUAGAACAGACUACAGCAUCGAAAUCGCCUUCAAAGGAACAAUCUGCAACGCCAAAUGAACAACCUACAAAAUCGAAAUCGCCCUCGAAGGAACAAUCUGCAACGUCAAAUCUACCUCCUAAGGUAGAAAAACCUACAACAUCGAAACCACCUUCGAAGGAACAAUCUGCAACGUCAAAUCUACCUUCUAAAGUAGAGCAGCCUACAACACCAAUUGUCCCAUCUAAAGUAGAACAACCUACAACGCCGAAACCACCGUUUAAGGUAGAACAACCCACAGCAUCAAAUCCAACCCCUAAAGAAAAACAAUCCACAGCAUCAACUGUCUCACCUAAAGUAGAGCAAUUUGCAACGCCGAAACCACCUUCGAAAGAACAGCCGAUAACACCCAGUAUUCCAUCUAAAGUAGAACAAGCUGCAGCGCCAAAAUCGACAUCUAAAGAACAGUCUAUAACACCAAAUCCACCAUCUAAGCUAGAGCAAUCCAAAGCACUAAACCUUCCGCCCAGCGCAGAACAGCCCGUAACAUCAAGUUCACGUCGUCGUUCACGAUUUGAGAUAGAUCCAAAAACUUCAACUGCUGAAAGUUCACUAAUAGAAAAUAUACCAUGUCCACCGGUGAUUGUUCGAAAAGUUUCUACAACGCAUGAUCAUGUUAUUAAAGAUGAGUUUACAUCACUAGAUGAAAUUAAUAAAGCUGUUGAAGAAGUUGGUCUCACUCAUUCACAACUUAUAUUUGGUAUCGAUUAUACCAUAAGUAAUUUAGAAACGGGAAAAAAUUCAUUUAAUGGUUUAUCUUUGCAUCAUAUACAAGAUGACUUAGUCAAUCCAUAUCAAAGUGUUAUAACUAUUGUUGGCAGAACAUUAGAAAAAUAUGAUUCAGACAAAUUAAUACCGGUCUUUGGUUUUGGUGAUCGGUCAACACUUGAUCGAAAAAUUUUUCCAUUACGUCCAGAUGGCUCAUAUUGUAAAGGUUUUCGUGGCGUUCUCGAAGCUUAUAAUGAGAUCACACCGAAAGUGCGCAUGUCUGGACCGACAAAUUUUGCACCACUAAUCAGAGAAGCUGUUCGAAUUGUGAAGAAAACUGGAGAAUAUCACAUUCUUGUCAUUGUUGCUGAUGGCCAAGUCACUAAUGAAAGACAAACAAAAGAUGCUAUUGUUGAAGCAAGUAAUUAUCCAUUAUCAAUUGUUAUGAUCGGUGUUGGUGAUGGGCCUUGGGAUAUGAUGGAAGAAUUUGAUGAUUCAUUACCAACACGACAAUUUGAUAAUUUUCAAUUUGUUGAUUAUCACAGUGUUUUUGAAGCAUCAACAAAUACGGAUUCGGCAUUUGCUCUCCGUGCUCUAAUGGAAAUACCUUCACAAUACGCUCAAAUUAAAAAACUUGGUCUACUGAAUAAAAAAUAUUGA